AUGGAGGAAUAUUUUCAGGAGAUUGGAAGAGGCGGAAGGGAUGGACUUCCAUCUCCUGCUACACUAUACUAUAAUUCUCAUGACUUGUCAAAAAGAAGGAAGGAAAUGAGCAAUGUAAUGAGAAAUUAUGUCACCUCAACUAGUGUAUGUCGACGUGAAAUGAUCUUAAAAUACUUUGGGUAUAUCUUGGACGGUUGUACCUUACUUCCUAUUCACAAAUGUUGUGAUUAUCACAAAGAUAUAUGCUAUUGUGAAGAUUGUUCUGUAGAGAUCGUAAGCGAAGUCGACUUAGCCUUGAGGGACAUUGUAUUAGCCAACACAACACUAUCAGAUUGUCAGGAAGUUGAUUUAAUACAACUACGUGAUGAAUUAACUUCAUAUUGGCUUAAUCUACAUUAUGGAAGGUCAUGUAUUGGCAGCACAUGCUUCAGUUCUGGUUACAGCAUUGAACUGAUCGAACAGGUUUGCUCAUCAUUUGAUGUGGUUAAUAGUUUUGAUGAUGUUAUGACUAUGAUGCCAGUUUUUACAAAGAACAAUGCCAUUGUAAUUUGGGAAGUGUUGAAAAAGUAUAAAUGA